AUGGCUUAAGCUUUGCUUUAAGAUGUUCAUCAGUCCCGCGAAAAAAGGGCCUCAUCUUUAUCAGCCAAUCAGAAGCGAGCACUAGCUCCACUCACCCGGGCGAAUGAAAUACGUGCGACUGCUGGGUCACUAGUUCAAUCGAACCAUUUCAAAGCAUCGCUCACUGUCCCUGUUACAACCUUGAUACUUUCGAGAACAGGAUCAACGCAACGCCAUUGUUAUUUGAAUAUUUCCAGACAGUUAGCCACCGAAAAAAGUUAGCUACGAAUCGGCAUUAAGCAGCGAUUGGUUAUAUUCUCAUCAUCUAAAUUUUGCAUACCCGCCAUUUGGUUCCUGCAGAAUUUCGUCAGCGAGAACCGGAUAGGAUCAGUUUGAGCCUUUGAUGACCCAGGAAUCCGACGUGAUGAUAGAGUCAACUAGAUCAGACAGCCACAACCAAGUAGGAAACGACAAUGUCGACAGCCAUCUGGAGCAGUUGAUCAAAGAUAAGCAAGACGAGUUUGGACUUUUCGAGACUUCUCUGUUUACGAUGCCUCGAAUAUUUGACGAUGGAAACUAUAUUGUUGGCGAACCAGGGAGCUUUGGAAUGGAUGAUGGACUUAUGUCGGCAACGUCCCCAACAGCAUCAGCAACUAGCGGUCAUAGUGGAACUGGUAGUUUCGACCCGCCAAGCCCUGCCAACUGUACCCACGAUGACGAUGAUAACAAAGGAGACAAGGUUAUUGAGACAUUUUCACAUGAAACGAUGGUCCCCACACUGGCCAAUGAUUGUCUGGACUAUGAUCAAUUUGUCCAUUCAUCAAUUGACCGUUUAGCGACCAUGGCUCCAGUGAACGAUUCAACUGCUGGUCAAAGCCUAAGACCCCUCGAAAUCCGCGUCUUCGGCAUACCAGAAAGCGGUACGAAAUCUCGAGUUGAAACUCAGAUCAAACUUGGCAUAGAGUUGAUUGAUGCUAGAGGAGAGCGUGUAAAAGAAUGGUCACACAUCAAGUUACCAACUCAUAUGGUCGCGAGAGAAAAAUUGAAGAGAAUCAAUGGAAAGAACCCACAAGCCGAUGCAAACCCUGUCAGCGGCACAGCCCUACAUGAAUCUCAAGUACUGAGACUGGAUGCAACUGUCGUCUGCGCCAGUGAAUUGACAAGGGAAGUGAUCAUGUGCUUCAAUUGCGUCCAUAGAGAGAGAAAGCGAUUGCAACGAAAGCGUGACAAUAAGAGAGCCAAGCUUGCCAAUAAAAAAAGCGCCAAGAACACAUCUAUUACCUUCGAACCCUUACCUGAUCUCGACGAUGAAGACGUGAUGGCAACUGAACGUUCAAAGAUACUGCAGUUCAAUUGCUGCGACUAUGUUGAUUAUUCUGCUGGAGAAACAGUGUUACCGACACGUUUCACAUGCUAUUGUAGACACCAUGCUGAGAAGUCCGGUUUUCGCAUUAAAUUAGCUCUCAAAGAUCACAAUGAUGAAGUUGUUGCUGUCGGCAUCUCGCCGUCUAUUAUGAUUACGGACGAUCACAAAAGCAGCAAAUUAAAUUCUACAUCUUCUACUGGUCCUAAAAAACGUAAUAGAGAAGAAUACGACUCUCACGAUUCAAACCAUACAUCAAGCUCCUCUAGGAAGGCAAACAAAAAGAAGAAUCAAAGCACCGAUGGUGAAUCUGACUCUGGUACAUCCAGUCCCAUUGCAUCUAUACCAGCAACUCCAACAUCUAUGCAGCUUUCAUCCAUAAACGGUCCUCUUAGCCCACUGGUCCUACAAGCGUCGCCAGAAGCAUCGUCAUAUGCAACUUCAGUCCAUUUUUCAAAAAGUGAUUUACAAGAGAUGAAAAUUCAUCUUCGAGAUUCAGCAGACAAUAACGGACAUAUUACCAAUUCAACGGAUUUCUUGGAAGUUGAACGAUUCUUGUCACAGUUGCCUAGCCCAGUAGAUGUGUCUAUGCCAUCGAUGGAACUGAAUGCUAGCAUGGCUGCUCACACGGAGUCUCAAAUGCACGACAACGACUUCAGUUUGAUGAAUGCACUGGAAAGGUUAACUUCACCCACCAUGACUCACAUUCCAGAAGUGUUACAACAAUCAAGUCAUCGACCCAAGUUACCAUCACAUACUGACAACAGCAAUACGCCUACUCUUCCCAGGGAACUCCCACAACUGGAUACUCUGCAAGCACAGGCUGCAGCCGCUCGCAUGCGACCGACAGAGCGUAGACAACAAGCUUUAGUAAACCGAGUUAUUCCCGCUGAAGGCCCAGUUUAUGGUGGUGUUGAAGUGACUAUUCUAGGAUCUGGCUUCUAUGAAGGUGUGACCUGCUUAUUUGGAGAGAAUCCAGCGAUGCCAACGCAUUGUUGGAGUCAAAACACUCUUGUGUGUAUACUCCCUCCUGCCACCAAUCCAGGCACCGUAGUGGUAUCGUUGAAAGAACAUCCUAUUGUCCUGGAUGGCCAAGAUGUCCCACUUUUUACCUACUUUGAUGAAAGCGAUCGUGCAUUGAUGGAGCUUGCUCUACAAGUGGUUGGUUUGAAAACCACUGGCAAGCUGGAAGACGCUCGUCAAAUAGCCAUGAGAAUUGUACAAGGUGGAUCUGGAAGUGGACAGGCUCAAUCACAACAAGGCAGCAACGAUGAUGGAAGCCAGCAUGAUAGCCAAGGAAGUCAGCACCAGUUGAGUUAUCGAAAGAAUGAAAUGCAAGCUACUCAAGUUUACAAGGAGGCAAAAUCUCGCUACCUAUCAGAUAUGGAAAGCCGAGUUAUUGAAGCCUUGAAGUCCACCCCGAAAGACACGUUAUGUCACAUUGAUACUUGCAAUGACUCUGGUCAUACCAUGCUUCAUAUCUCCGCUCUAUUGGGUUACUCUGAACUAUGCAAAGCUCUGUCUGACUAUGGAUGUGAUAUCAACAAGCAAGAUCGUAACGGCUAUACUGCGCUUCAUUUUGCCAGCUGGGCAGGCAAGUUAGCUUGUGUCAAUGAGCUUAUUGAUACCGGUCGUGUCGAUCAAACAAUCCAAACUGUCCACGGCAAAUUAGCUGUCGAAUUAGCUUUCGACAAUGAUUAUGAAGAUAUCGUAGACGUGCUUGGCGGACCUAUUCAUGUUGUUGAUUUGGAUGACUCGUAUGCAGCAUCGUCUGAAAAUGAAUACGAUUCGGACGACAGCAGUGACUUCCGACGUUCUGAUGACGAGCGAGAUGCUAUUGAUGAAGCUACUGAUUUCAAUCUGCCUGUAGAACAAGGCUCUGACGAAUCCGAAGAUGAUGUAUCUCAAUUACCCAAUCUUCGCAGCAAUAUCCUCUUGCGCAACAAGAGCCGUAGCAAUAGAAGGCACUCUGCUAUGCAGAUGGCUGACUGGCUGCAGCUCUCGGCGGAUCCAACAUUAGCAUUCUCGGGCGUUGCAGGUGAUAGAGAUGAAACGCAUUUAUCCGAGUUGACGCAAGCUUCAUUAUUUUGGGUUCGCGAAUUAUUGACGGAAAUUCAGCAAAGAGCAUCAGACGCCAUUGCAGAUUCUAAAGUUCGAGAACGUCUAACUGACUUGCAGCAUCAGGCUUCAUCAGCGCUUAACGACUAUACCACUUGUGGUCGUAGCCGAAUUUCCCAUUUGCAGAAAUACGCUCACACUAUGCUUCAUGACUCCAAGCUUCGUGCCAGACUACAUGAAUUACAGCAACAAGCAUCUAGUGCUUUGAACGAUACCAAGCUCCGAGAACGAUUGGCUGAAGUGCAACAGCUUGCUGCCCAUGUCCUAGCUGAAUCCAGUGCUCUCUCCAAGGAUGAUCAAGCAUUAGCGGCCGCUAUUCAGCGUCGACUGGAUCGUAUGGCCACUCACCUGACUCGUGUUAGACAAAAGCUUCCUCAAUCUGCUCGAGACUUUGUCCGGUCAACGCUCCAAACUUUGGAUGACCAUCUCUUGAUGGAUGGCCCGUUCACUGACACCGACAAUGACAUGGAAGAUGAUGGUUGGCCAUGGGACAACAAGGAUGGGGUUGAACCUGCUUCCUCGGAUGUCACUCCAGCUCCCCUUCAUCAGCUCACCACACAAGAGCAAGAGCACCGCCAUCGAUUCCUUAAUCCAUCGGAAGAAUCCGAGGCAAAUAUCACCACACCGCCCACCGCUGUGGUCAGUAACAAUGUUCGAGUUCACCGCUUCGCUUCACGGUCUAAACAUCGACUUGAGCUUUCCAGCAAGCUUUUGAAUACGCCAGCAAAGGUAUCCAGCAAGCAAUCUGAAGCUGAAUCUUCUGAUGCAACAACUACAGCGGAUGAUAGCGAAAGUCCCUCUGGCGAAGAAGAUGCUGAUGGCGAGCCUGUGUAUUAUCAUGGCGCUGUCAUUAUGGAUGAAAACAAGUACUUAUGGCAUCGUGAAAAGUACAAGCGACUGAAGAAGGAUAAGUUGCUCUAUCUUUUUUGGUUGCCUAUUUUGUUUGUCAUUGUGUCGUUGUUAUUACUACACUAUGUACGAACAAACUCGGCUGUCUAUGAAUACCUUAUAGGCUUUACACCCUCUCUGCGUAAGAUCACACUCAUGGGCACUAUUUAAGUGGCCCAAUCUCUGGUUUACGUUUCUUUCUAUUUUAUUUUUUUAUUGUUUUCUCUCUGUAUGUGAUUGCCUCCCCCCCCACCACUUUUUUGUUCUUUAACUUUGUCUGUGUUCAUAAUCUUUCCCAUUCUUGUAAAGUUUUGUGUAUGAAUUGCCAGCUACUUAUGGCUGCUACUGGAGCUUUGGGUAACUUGUUUCUCUUUUAAACCCCCAAACUCUCCACAGAAUCACCUAUCUCCUACUUCGCUAUACCCUCUCUCUCAUCCCCAUUAAAUGUCAAUAUGUAUGUUCGUGGUGCAAAAUACCAAAAGACGCAACCAAUACUUAUUUUCAUGUACUCUCCAUAAUAAAAAUUCGUUUGUCAUUAGUAGAAAAUU